UUAGGCUAGGUGGCUCUGAAAGCGUCCCCAACCCCCCAUUAACAAGUCUUGGAGCUAUUGUGGGCUCCAACCGCUAUAUUAGUCGGCUCUCAAGACUGAAAGCAUCAUCCCCCAAUCAACCCACCACCAAAAGCUUCCACCUUUAAACAAAAGACGAUCACAAAAAGAUCCUAUCUUUUGGCAAUCGAGCAAUUUCAGAGAGAUCAAUGAAAGCCGCGUACGGCGGAGAUGCCUCCCCACGCCGCCGGACGUGCAGAAACGUCUGCCUGGCGGCGACAGCUGCCGUCUUCGUCGCAACGAUCGUACUCGUGAUCCUCUGCCUGACGGUGUUCAAGGCAAAGAAUCCCACGACGACGGUCAACUCCGCCGUUCUGAAGGACCUCGACGUGUCACUCAACAUUCCACGUGUCAGCGUGGACAUGAACUUGACCCUGGGCGUGGAUCUAUCCGUGAAAAAUCCGAAUAAAGUCGGGUUCAAGUACAAAAACAGCACCGCUUCUUUGAACUACAGGGGGACCCAGGUAGGCGAGGCCCAAAUCGGGUCGGGCAAGAUAUCCGCGGACCAGACGAAGCCCAUGAACGUGACGCUGACCAUCAUGGCGGAUCGGCUGCUGGGGAAAUCAUCGGAGCUCUUUUCGGACGUGCGGGCCGGAACGCUGCCGUUGAAUACUUUUACCAAAAUCUCCGGGAAGGUCAUCGUUUUGGGGAUCUUUAAGAUUCAUGUCGUUUCGACCUCCUCCUGCGACUUCAGUAUCGAUGUCGGUAACCGCACUGUUGGACAGCAACGCUGCACACACAAGACGAAGUUAUGAUUUUUUUUUAUUUGUUUUGCUUGCCGUAUCGGAUGUUCUUAUUCACCGGAAUUUUUAUGGUUGUCUGCUUGUGCGAGGUUAAUUUACUGAUUUGCCCCUCACCGGUUGCUGCUACACCUAUAUUUUAGUGCACUUUGUAGUAUGAUUUUGAAUUUAUUCAUAGUUUUUGGUACUAGGCUACAUGAUAUUACUGAUUACCGAAUAAAAUAAUCCAUUUCAAUA